AGGAGGAGGAGGAUACUGCUGAACGUCCCUCCAGGCUGCCACCCAACGGUGUUUAGUCAUUAAAGUCUCUAAGACACUUCUGCUGCCUGCCUGGACAAACAGAGCUCUGAUCUCUCUGAGCGUCGCAUCCAGAGCCACUUCCAAAGGUUUACUUUUGGACUGUCUGUGUGUGUGUGUGAGUUUGUGUGAGUUUGUGUGUACCACAAAGAUCCUCCCGCUGUACAUGUCUAUAUGUAGGCUGAGCUACCCCAGCUGUGGAGCUUCUGUAUGAGAGUAUGGCUGCUUUUGGCCGACCUUCUUAGAAAGCAGCGGAGAGAGAGUGUGUGGAGAGGUUUCUGAGACGAGUGGAAGAUGCCGGCCAUUCUGGUCGCCUCUAAGAUGAAGUCAGGACUACCCAAACCGGUGCACAGCGCCCUGCCCAUCCCUCAGAUACAGAACCCUGCCAGGUCCAGGACCUCCAGCCCUCACAGGGCCAGCCACCUCAGACACAGCCCCCUGAAAGCCCUUCACCGGCAGGGAGAGGGCCAGGGAAAGGGAGAGACGACCCCCACCCCCAACAAAAGCCUCUCCACCACAGAGAGUGAAGACCGAGAGGACCCUCAGAUUUACACGGACUGGGCCAACCAUUACCUGGUGAAGUCGGGCCGUAAGCGACUGAUAAAGGACUUGCAGCAGGAUGUUACAGAUGGAGUGCUAUUGGCUGAGAUCAUACAGGUUGUCGCGAAUGAGAAGAUAGAAGACAUCAAUGGCUACCCAAAGAGCCGGACUCAGAUGAUUGAGAACAUCAAUACCUGCCUAGGAUUCCUGGCAGCUAAAGGGGUGAACAUCCAGGGACUCUGUGCAGAAGAGAUCCUUAAUGGGAACCUGAAGACCAUCCUGGGCCUGUUCUUCAGCUUGUCCCGCUACAAGCAGCAGCAGCAGAAGGUCUUGAAGCAGCAGGCCUCUCAUCACCCAGAGCUCAGCAACCAGCCUGGGCAUACUCCCCAUGGGUCACCAGCCCCCGCUCAGACCCACACCCAUCAUACCCACAGCUCCACUGCACCAGCACACAAAGCAGCAUCAGAUAUGCUGUCUAGUCUGUCAUCCAAGGCUUCUUCCACUCAGAGUAAAGGGCUAAAGCUCUCUGUGGCUCAGAGAAAGUCUUCUAGACUGCCAGCUCCCACCAUGCGGGUCUCAGCUCCAGGCAGCGAGGGGAAGCCCCGCACGGCCUCCAACGGCAACCGCCGCAGCCAGAGCUUCAACCACUACGACAAGCCCAAGCCCUCCAGCAGCGACAGAGAGAGAAGCUCCAUGGCCUCUCCCAUCAUGACUGAGCAUGGUCUGUCUCCAGGGCCCAUCAAUGGUUGCUCUUCUUCCUCCAUCCCCCAGCCCAAUGCAGGCAACAGCAGCAAGCCCUGGAGGAGUAAGUCCCUGAACGUCAAGCACAGCGCCACCUCCUCCAUGCUGUCCGUCAAGCAGGACCCUCCCACCAGGCAGCCCGUGGCCCCGCCCCUAGAGGUCCCCCCUAAAGUCAUUACCCAGAAGUCCAUGCUGGAGAAACUCAAGCUUUUCAACAGCAAAGGAACCUCCAAGGCAGCUGGAGUCCUGACUGACAGUCUGACGGGGAAGGAGAUGGAGGCGAUGGAGGUGCGCCCCACCGGCGUGGAUCCCCUGGAAGAGGCGGAUGGGAACUCCCGGCCCCCCAGUGCCAUGGCGACCAGUCCCAAACUGGCCCUGAAGGGCAUUGCCCAGCGCACUUUCAGCCGGGCCCUCACCCCCAGGAAGAGCUCUCUGAAGACUGGGGAGGAGAAAGACAAGGCCAGGCUCAAGGAGAGAGACAAGGCCCAGGAAGAAGGCUCCAAGUGGGGGUCAGUCACAGAGCAGGAGGUACCCAGGGACAACACCAGGCAGGAGGUAGAAGGUUCAGACGCAGCGGAGCCCAAGAGGAAUGCCAAGAUCACUAGCUUUAUCCCAAAAGGAGGCAAGGCUAGCAGUGGCACAAAGGAGAGCUCAGCCUCGGCAGCACACAGUGGAAUACCAAAGCCAGGUUCCAAGGCAGGGAAGACCUCUUCUGGUCGAGAUGGAGAGAGGCCCCGCACUUUGAGGGCCGGUGGGGGUGGUGGUCUCUUGGUGCACAAGGGCCAGCUGGACAACAGAAGUUCCUGCUCCAGCCUGGCCGCCUCUGAAGGGAGGUCUCACUAUCACCACACCAACGGAGUGCCCCCAGUCGCUACCACAGCCAGCAACACCAUCAGUGUCCAGCUGCCUCAUCCUCAGCAGCAAUACAACCACCCCAACACUGCUACUGUUGCACCAUUCAUGUACAGGUCUCAGCCAGAUGUGACCAGAGCAGACAUGACGAUGGAGGCAGCAGGGUCACUGGAGUGUCACAGAGAGACUGCAGCCUACAGCAAAUCAGCACACAACUCCCUGGAGGACCUCACAAGUGAAGACCCUGAGGCCAGGCGCUUGCGGACGGUGAAGAACAUUGCCGAUCUGAGGCAGAACCUGGAAGAGACCAUGUCCAGCCUGAGGGGAACACAGAUCAGCCACAGUACCCUGGAGACCACCUUUGACUGCAGCGUCACCACAGAGGUCAGCGGGAGAGGCAUGCUCAACCUGUCCCCCCGCCCCAACCCAGCGCUGCCCUGGCGACUGGGCCCCACCAGCCCCCGUCUGCAGGCGGGCGACGCCCCCUCAGUGGGGAACGGGUACGAGGUGGCAACACGGGGCAGUGCCAGUCGCAUGGUGAGCCCCGAGAGCGGGCGCUACCUCCGCGGCGGGCAGACACCAGGCCAGGAGAGUAACAGUGUGUGUGACCUGGACCCGCCAGAUAAGAUGGAGGAGCUGGAGGGCAUCGCCAUGGAGACCACGGGGUACAUGAGCGACGGUGACGUGCUGGGGAGGAACCUCCGCAUGGACAAAGUCUCCAGUGGCUACAUGACGGACGGCGGGCUGAGCCGGUACACACACUGCCUCAACCGCCUGCCAGAUGGCAUGGCCGCCGUCCGAGAGACGCUCCAUCGCAACACAUUCAAGGGCCAAGGGGACGCCACUGACAGUUGGGACGACAGCAGCUCGGUGAGCAGUGGGAUCAGUGACACCGUCGACACAGAUGACAUCAACACCAGCUCCUCGAUCAGCUCCUAUGUCAACACUCCGUCCAUCUCCUGCAAGGACCUAGAGGGACAGCUCCAGACGGAUGCGGAGAAGCACUCAGCCGUCGAGCAGAACUCUGUGUGGUCCGGCAGCGACGAGGUCAAGAGGUCAGACGGGAGCUCGGACAGCGGGUUCAAAAUGGAAUCGGGCUCCAAGUGGUGCCGCCGCCCCUCAGACAUGUCGGACGAGUCGGGCAGGAGCUCCUCGGACCGCAAAACGCCUUCCAUGGCCCACACGGGCUCCUGGAGGCGAGGCCUGAGUGCCCAGGUGGGCGUGACCUCGCCUAGGACCAAGGCACCUGUCACGCCAGUCUGCGGCACGCUGAAGACCCAUGGGACAGGUAAAACGGACGACACCAAGGUGUCUGAGAAGGGCCAGCAUCAUCUCUCGCCCCGGGUCAACAGCAGCAUGCAACGCUCCCCAUCAGACACGGGCCGCAGCAGUGGAGACGAAGCCAAGAAGCCCCCCUCCACAUCCAGCCGCACCCCCACCACCAACACGUUUGGCUUCAAGAAGCACGCAGGAGGAGGUAUGACCAUGGUGACAGCCAGCGGAGUCACCAUCACCAGUGGCUCUGCCACCCUGGGGAAGAUCCCCAAAUCAGUGCAGCUCCACGGUGGUCGGGGUCUUGGUCGCCAGGCCAGUGUGGAUGAUGGCUACCUGCCUGUGAGCUCCCACUCCACCCUGCAGUACCGCAGCCUCCCCCGGCCCAGCAGAGCCUCUGGCGGGGUUCGCAGAGCCAACCGCUCCUCCAGCACCAGCAUCGAGUCCAACCUCAGCUCCAGGUCCAACACGCACCACGGCCCCAAAAGCCGCAGCCAAGUCCCCAAGCCCAGCGCCGGUGGCAUCCCCCUGCCUGGCUCGGGAUCUAACCAGACAGACAAGGAGAAGGGGGUGUCCUCUGAAGACAAUCCCAUGGCCCAGGGCUCAGCAACACUGCCCCCUCAGGGAGCCAGGCAGCCAGGGGGAAAGUACCCAGACAUCUCCUCCCCUACUCUGCGCAGACUGUUCGGAGGCAAGCAGGCUAAGCAGCAGGUCCCAGUCACCACCACGGAGAACAUGAAGAACGCCACCGUCAUCUCCAACCCCCACGCCAACUCUAGCCAGCAGGGCGGCGCUCUGGACUCCCCUUCGGCCAGUAGCGGGGGCAGUAGCCCUCUGUAUGGGGGUGGAGGUCGUCUGGGUGUUGAGGCCAACUCCUCUCCCCCCCUGGCUUCCAGCCCCGGCUCGACCCUGUCCACCCCCUCCCACAGCCUGGCCUGGAGUAGCACCCUGAGCAGGGACACCCUGAGCCCUGGCUACCCCUCCCUCAGCAGCCUUGCCACCAGCAGCGAGUCCAUCGACGUGUCCCUGGGCAGCGGUGGCCACAGACACCAUGGUCACGACACACUGCCAGCCUGCAUCAGGAACAAUGGCAUCAAAACGGGAAUCUCAGAAAGUCUUAGCCCCCUCUCCUCUCCCUCAGCUAGUCCCAAAUUCAGCAGAAACACUUUACCCCGGAAACAGGACAGGUACGGCCACCUGCCCCAGCUGCGUAGUCAUGACGACCCCCGGGACUGGCUGCGUUCCCACUCUGCAGGAGGUCUUCAGGAGUCUGCCGGCAGCUCCCCCUUCUCCCCCGCUUCCAGCCUCACCUCGCCCUCCGGAGCCCGCUUCAACUUCUCCCAGCUUGGCAGCCCAACCACAGCUGCACAGAUCAACCUGGCCAACCUCCGCAGCGGCCUGGCCAAUCAGGAAGGGCCGUAUGACCCAUACAGUGAACGCUUGAGGAACUCGUCCAUGUCUCUGGAGGAGAAGAGUCGCACCAUGACCAGCUCUGGGUCCUUCAGGGAUGGACUAGAGGAGGUGCACGGCUCCUCUCUGUCUCUAGUGUCCAGCACUUCCUCUGCCCACUCCAUGCCGGAGGAGAAAUCUCAGUCGGAGAUUCGUAAGCUGCGGAGAGAAUUGGACGCUUCCCAGGAGAAGGUGUCUGGUUUGACCACUCAGUUGAGUGCUAAUGCUCACCUGGUAGCAGCGUUUGAGCAGAGCUUGGGGAACAUGACCAUCCGACUCCAGGGCCUUACCACCACGGCUGAGCAGAAGGAUUCUGAGCUGAACGACCUGAGGAAAACCGUAGAGCACAUGAAGAAGCAGAACACAGCAGCCCAGGCAGCCAUCGACGGUGUCAUCAACCUGCCAGAGCUCACUUGCAAAGGUGAUAGGCCAGCCUCAGCCAAUGGAAGCCCCCAGUCUCAGCAGGAUCUGUGUAUCCGCAGACAGCACUCGUCUGACAGUGUGUCUAGCAUCACCAGCGCCACCAGCCACUCCAGCGUGGGCAGCAACUUGGAGCUGGACGCCAAGAACAAAAAGACGAAGAAGAACUGGCUGCGGAGCUCCUUCAAGCAGGCAUUUGGGAAGAAGAAGUCGUCCAAGUCUGCGUCCUCCCACUCCGACGUAGAGGAGAUGGCCGACUGUUCCCUGCCCUCCUCCCCCAAGCUAACUGCAUAUAACGGCUCCACCGCCUCAACGCCCAUGAUCCGGAACUCCCACUCCAACUCUCUGAUCUCAGAGUGCACAGACAGCGAAGCGGAGACAGUGAUGGCGCUCCGCAGCGAGCUCCGAGACAAGGAGAUGAAGCUGACUGACAUACGCCUGGAGGCCCUCAGCUCCGCCCACCAGCUGGACCAGCUCAGGGAGUCCAUGAACCGCAUGCAGGGCGAGAUAGAGAGGCUGAAGACAGAGAACGACUGUCUGAAGAUGGAGAGUCAGGGCAGCUGCAGCAGAGCAGCCUCACAAGCCUCAGUGGCCUCACCCUCAGCGGGCCAGUCACAGCAUAGCCUCGCUCUAACAGAGUCCACCAGCCUCGACAUGUUGUUGGAGGACAACGGGGAAGGUAGCUCACGGAAAGAAGGACGUCACGUCAAGGUGGUCGUAACUCUAGAUGAGGAUGCCAAGUGGAAAGAGGAGCGUAGACCUCGUCAGUUCCUGAUUGGUUGCAUUGGUGUCAGUGGGAAAACCAAAUGGGAUGUGCUGGAUGGGGUGGUCAGACGUCUCUUUAAGGAGUACAUUAUCCACGUGGACCCAGUGAGCCAGCUGGGUCUAAACUCAGACAGUGUCCUUGGCUAUAGCAUCGGGGACAUCCAUCGCACACAUGAGACUGACACCCCUGAACUCCUGCCCUGUGGAUACCUCGUUGGAGACAGUGACACCAUCUCUGUCUCUCUCAAAGGUGUGUGUGAGCACAGCCAAGACGACUUGGUGUUUGAGACGCUGAUCCCCAAACCCCUGCUGCAGCGCUACGUGUCCCAGCUCCAUGAGCACCGGAGGAUCAUCCUGUCUGGCCCCAGUGGCACCGGGAAGAGUUUCCUGGCCAGCCGAUUGGCCGAACACAUAGUGCUGAGGGAAGGGAGGGAGGUCACCGACGGGACCAUUGCCACGUUCAACGUAGACCACAAGUCGAGCAAGGAGCUGCGUCAGUACCUGUCUAACCUGGCUGACCAUUGCAACAGUACGAGUCAUGGGGUGGACAUGCCCCUGGUGGUAAUACUGGACAACCUGCACAAUGUCAGCUCUCUAGGAGAGGUCUUCAAUGGCCUGCUCAGCUGCAACCACCACCAAUGUCCUUAUAUCAUUGGAACAAUGAACCAGGCUACAUCAUCCACUCCCAACCUGCAGCUUCAUCAUAACUUCAGGUGGGUGCUGUGUGCCAACCACACUGAGCCAGUGAAGGGCUUCCUGGGUCGGUUCCUGAGGAGGAGGCUGAUGGAGACGGAGAUUAGCAGCCGGCAGCGAAACGCUGAGCUGGUGAGGAUCAUCGAGUGGAUCCCUACUGUCUGGCAUCACCUCAACCGCUUCCUAGAGUCUCACAGCUCCUCGGACGUCACCAUCGGGCCUCGCCUCUUCCUGUCUUGUCCCAUGGAUGUGGAGGGAUCCAGAGUGUGGUUCACAGAUCUGUGGAACUAUUCCAUCAUUCCCUACAUGUUGGAGGCUGUCCGAGAGGGGCUGCAGAUGUAUGGGAGGAGAGCUCCGUGGGAGGAUCCAGCACGGUGGGUGAUGGAGAGCUACCCCUGGGCAGCCAGCCCCCUGCAGCACGAAUGGCCCCAGCUGCUGCAGCUCCGGCCAGAGGACGUAGGCUUCGAUGGAUACUCCAUCUCCAAAGAUGGCUGUCCCAGAAAACAGCUUCCCCAGGGAUGCACAGACGGAGACCCCCUGAUGAACAUGCUGAUGAGGUUAAAGGAGGCAGCCCACUGCUCCGGCAGCACUCAGAUUUACGACAGCGACUCCAACAGCAACCAGGAUCCCCAUGAAGACAACAUGCUGGACUCACCACUGGAGUACACACUAUGAGUCUCCCUCUGUCAGCUAGUACUCACUCUGGGACACAUCCUAAAUGAACAUACCUUUUGUGUUAAUCAUCCAUUGAUAUGAGGUUCAAUGUUCGGUUAUGUAUUUCAAGUUAGAAUUUGACCUCUGCGAUUUCAUGUCUUUAGGCAGUCAGAGCAUCUUAUAUACCAGUUGGAACUCACUAUUUACACUGUGUACUGAUACAUAAUAGAAUAAAUAGAUUUACUGGGUGCAGGUAACCCGAGAUGAAAAACCCAGUCGAAGUUCAAUAACCUGAAUAAUUUCAACUCGGUAUUUGUACUGUUUUCAGUGUUUAUUAGGAGUCUGUUUACAGUCCCAGACAAAGACACUCAGCCAUAUAAAUGAAUGACGUAGUUUAUGAGACAUCAAACCAGUUGCCUUGACUGUGACCUAACCUAGGCUAUAGCUAUGUGAUCCAAACUGAGUAGAAAAAAAACUAUACAUACAUUCACUCAGCUUCACAGAGCUUGACCUGUGUGCAUUUUCUUAGUGAAGAGACAUCUUUUUGGUGCUUAACUUUCAAAUGAUGCCUUGCUACCUUUAUAACAACGGUGGUCACAUGCAUUGACAAUGCCUUUGAUAUACUUGAUUUCUAUAAGAGGCGGUGCAGAGUUUAGGGGAUGCUAACUUGCUCAUACUUUGAUGAAAAUGAUUCCACAUCGUUUAUGUGCAGCUAGCUGGUAGCAAAAAGGUCUAGGCUUUUGUUAUGGAUAUCUUGAAAUCAGUGAUACUUUUAGGAUUUUUGGUGCUCUCCUGAGGAAGAUGAGAACUUUACACCUCAUGAGUGUUUCAAACAGUAUCCCAAAAGCCCUCAUUUGUCUUUUGUUCAGCUCCAGACAGAGCUCCAUCCCUGCAUGAAAUGUUCCAACACAGUGUUUCCCUAUAUAGAGGCACAUUGGACAUGUAGACCCACAUCUGAAAGGUCUCUGGCUAGAAAAGAUCAGAGCGACUACAUGGCUUUGAGACGGAGGUUGGCGUGUCUAGUCGCUCACUCUGAAGAAUUUGCGCUGGUUCCAUUCGCGUCCAGUGUUAAUGGGAUCCUCGGUGUUGCUGUAUCGGAGUAACUAGGCUUUAUUCCCUCAUAAGAUGGAGUAUUCUCAGAGCAGCUUACUCUACUAAGAGGUACCACUUUGGUUGCUCCCCCUCAGAAUGUCCACUUUAUCUGUCAGUGCUGUUGCUAUUCAUCCCAUGAGUGUUCUUAGUAACACAUUAUUUGCAACAUUCAUUUGGAACUUUCGACUGAAACCAAAACAGUUUACUUGUAUUUUUAAGUAUUGUCAAGAUUUGUAUUGCAGGUACAUUGAUCUGUGAAUAUUUUGCAAGGUUUGAAUUUUCACUACCACAUCUUACUGGACUGUAAAGGGUGGUGCAAGCACAAAUCGAAAUGGUUGUUUGUCUUUUCUUGGUCCCACACAGUUAGGAUGUUGGAAUGAUGUGAAAGGUAGGCUGUUGAAUCUAGUGGUUGAUAAUUGUUGAAUUCUUUGAUAUGUGAAUUUUGUUUAUGCACAUUUUUAUUUUGUAAUGUGAAGAUGUAAAUAUUUUAUCUGAAUCCCACGUUUUCAAAACAUUUCCUAUACAUCUUUUACUGAACUACAGAGUAAUGUGUGUAGGCCUAUAGUUAGGAUUCCUCCAUAGGUUGCUCCUUUUUCUAUAAGAGUGAAAAACUAUGAGACUGUGAGAAUAAAUCUGGUCACAAUACUGUACUUUCCAUCUUUCAUCUUUUUUAUUCAUAGAGAAAUCAAUAAACCAGUGUUUAUUUAUUAA